AUGUUUCCCCCGGGACGAUGGUUGCUCUUCUGGCCCACGGUCAUAAAUGCGAUCUGUUGGCUAGAAGCUGCUCGGAUCCUGUUUAUCGCCCCAUUUGAUUCACAUUCUCAGUGCGCGUUAAUGUCGCCCUAUGUCCAGGGACUUGUCGAUCACGGACACGAACUUACAGUGGUGCGGGCUUAUGAGGAGUGCAUGUCCAUUGUAAAUGUGACUUCCAUUCGGAUAAUGGAUAAUCACAAUGUAAUUUCAGACUUUGAAGAUGUAAUUUUUGAAUUAUUUGUUGGUUCUCCUGGAGGAAAAUGGGCAGAAAUGCACUCCAUAGCCAAUAUUAUGAUUAGAGCUGGACUCAAUGUUCUUCUCAAUCCGGAAGUUCAGGCCCUGAUGAAGUCUAAUGUCACAUUCGAUUUGCUCAUUUUGGAAGCGGGCUAUACGGACUUGCUCUUUGGCCUCGCUGAACAUUUUAACGCAUUGCUGAUUGGUAUAUCAACCUGUGGAGCAGACUGGAAUAUCAACCGUCUAAAGGACUAUGGGGUAUCGGUGGUGGAAGAGCCAAUAGUGCCAGCGGAAACUCAAACCUCAGGCAGCAUCUGGGCCCGCCUUUAUAAUUGGUACAUCAUUACAGAGGAGUGGCUGCUAUUUGAAAUGAUUUUUAUCCCAAAACUUCAAAUGGUACACGAUUAUUUUUUUGGCCAUCUGGAUCAGUCAUUCUUGGAAAUCCGGCAUAGUUUUUGCCUAAUGCUACUCAACCAACACUUCAGCAUGUUCCGAGCCAGACCGAACGCUCCUGGAUUAGUCGAAGUGGGUGGCCUUCAUAUUCCAAAAGAAGUUCCUAAGCUCCCAAGAGAUCUACAAGCUUUUAUCGAUGAGGCCGAACACGGAGUGAUUUAUUUUUCAAUGGGAGUGGAACUAAAGGGCAAGGAUUUGCCAGCAGAAAUAUUGAAAACGUUUCUGGAGAUCUUCCUGUCUAUACCACAGCGUAUUAUUUGGAAAUUCGAAGGGAAGCCUUUCGAAAACUUAACUCAAAACGUUUAUAUGGCGAAGUUUCUGCCCCAGCUAGCCAUUUUAGCCCACCCGAAUGUAAAGAUUUUUAUUUGUCACGGAGGAAUGUUGAGCGUAAUGGAAGCCGUCUACUAUGGAAAGCCACUUUUGGGGCUUCCAUUAUUUUUUGAUCAAUUCCGGAACUUUGAAGUUUUGGUGGACGACGGCAUGGCCCUGGUAAUGAAUAUAAAUAGUUUUAGUGGUGACGAGCUUAAGAGAUCAAUAGAUAGCUUAAUAAACAAUCCAGCCUUCUUGGACAAUGCCUUGGCCAUAUCCCAAAGGUUUCGCGAUCGGCCUACACAUCCUUUGAAAAAUGCCAUCUACUGGACAGAGUAUAUCCUGCGCUACAAAGGAGCCAAACACAUGCGGGUACCCAAUUCGAACAUUAAAUUUACAGAAUAUUAUUCCCUGGACAAAUUUCUAUUUUUGGGACUUCGAUUAUUUGUUACAGUUUUUUCGGUUUUCUUUGCCCUUUCCAAGGGGAGAUGUUACCUCAAAUAUUUUGUGAAAUUUGCCAAGCGCUUUUUGCCACAGUUCGGAUGA